AUGUCGUGGCGACCAGUCAAGAAUAUUGUGCAUGCUGUAUGCGUGCAGCGAUUCGAAGCGACUCACCCCGAUGAUAUCGCCCUCGAGAUCGGCGACGAUGUCUACAUUACCGAAGUAGGUGGCAUCGCUCACGAGUGGUGUCGCGGCUGGCUACUGUCGCAACCGUCCAUUGUCGCGGGUCUGGAUCGUCAGAAUGGCCAACCAAUCAUACCACGAGCAUAUGCUGGCAUAUUCCCGCGCAAUUGUAUCGAAGUUCGAGAGGUCUUGACCGAAGACGCUGAAGCCGCUGGACAAGAGAAGGAACAAUUGGACACUGCACAGGCGAACAGGGGCGCUCUAGACGGUAACGAUCCUUUGGAAGUAUCGAAGAAUGUACCGCGCAGGGAGAAAUCCAAGAGGAGGACACGCUUGAUUCCACACAAACCCAACAAUGCCCACCUGCUGCCCCUGGAUGUGCAGCCAAGACCGGUGGGUGCUCUCAAAGAAGAAGCCNCUCUGCCUGCUCUUCGCAUCGGUGAUGCAACUCCCUUCUCCAACGAAGAGCCCCUAGUCGAUGAGAUCUCAUCAUGCCUGCGCGAGUGGCAUUCUACCCAUGUGCACCAGUUGAUCAUGAACCACGAGUACGACCUCCUGGAAAAGCUUUCCGAUCUGGCUGGCAGACUGGACAAUGCACGCAAACAAUUGAUACACGACCUUUUGACGGAANAAGAGCUGGCAGCUCUGAGGGAGCGGACGGUCUGGGACUUGGUUGAUGGAAACAAGCUUCUUCAAGGAGAAGUCAUCGUACGAAGUCCUCAGGAGAAAGGUCGAAUUCUUACUGCACAGGACAGUAUCACGGAAAUGCUGGAGUUACAAGCGCUUAUGAGCAUGCGCAAUAGACCUCCUCCACCACCUGCUCAAGAAUCUUUGGUCUCACAUUUACUGGUUGAUCUGAAACAAACUGGUGACAUGAGUGGCGAGCCGGGUGUUUUGCAUAUGUAUUUGUGUCGUCAAGCAUCAGAUGCUGUACCGCGUGCUGUAUCCGAGGUCUUUGCUGUUGAAGUGCCUUUCGAUCGUCAUUCACUCGAGAGUCUUGCACCAAACCAAUUGCCAAAAACUUUGUUCACAGACUUGACCAAGGCUGAAAUAGGCAGUGCGACAGACCCGAGCUCUCACCUGUAUCUGGUAUGCCUGCUUCAUCGAGAAGAAGCUCCUCGAAAACGAGUCAUCGUACCUACCCAGACUUUGCCGUCAGCAGACCGACCAGAAUCUCACAGCCGGUCAGAAAGUACAGGAGCGCGUCGCAGCUUCCUUUGGGGCAGUCAACGCGGCCGCAAAAACCUCGAGAGAAGUACUUCUCGAGAUCAAACACGACCACCAACUCGAGAAUCAUCACGGUCAAAAAUGAGAGGCAGGCCACAGACACCUGUCGUAACAGACUUACAAGGACGCCCCUCAACGGCAGAAAAGAAAUUGAGGCGUGUUAUCGGGUAUGGAGCAGUUGAGGUUGGCGAGCUCAUUCGUCAACAUGGCAAUACCGUCCACAACAUCUCCCUUUGGACGCCAGCUGAGGCCUUCGAAGAAGUUAUUGAGGAACCCGUGAUCGGUACAGACGGCUGGGAAGAUGUUGUCAAGAAUCUUGUCCGCAGCCCGAUGGGCAGCUUCACCAAAGCGCCCUCGGUUGGAAAGUUUCAGCUUGAUCUGCAUGCCUUCGCUCAUCCAAAUUCUGACAUACUCAUCAAAGACCAUCCCGCUUUGCUGAGGGAUGUUUAUUGCACUCAAGCACUCAACCUAUGUUCCGGUUCUGCGCAGCAACGCAGUGAUGUCUACUUGACUCUCAAAGAGCCUACUUUGCCAUCUGGAGCUCGCUGCUUUCACCCACAGGAAGGCAGUGUUGCCAUACCUAACGAAGCGGAGUUAAGAAAUCUUCAGUUGACCCUUGAAGUGCGAACUGAGGCUGGAAAACGCAUUGAAAAUUCGGUCUGGCCAGCAUCGAAUCGUCCACCCCAUACUGCUUAUAGAACCUCGGCUAUCGACCGUAGCGAGAUCUGGAAUCAGACUAUACGUCUGUCGGUUCUCAACGAAGACCUUCCUCAUGCUCAUGUUGUUCUCAGUAUUGCAGAAGGGAAUCAAUUUCCGUUCGCACUGGCCUGGAUACCUCUGUGGGAUCAUCAGNGGGCUGUAUGUACUCACGGUCAACAAAAUCUGGCUCUGUGGGACUACAGCGAGUAUACUGCCAGUACGGUCCAUGGUAGGGGCGCGUAUCAGAUGCUACCAUCACGUCUUGACCAGCUUCAAGUACAGGAAAAUACUCCAAUGGCUGCAUUAUCCGUAGAUGUUACGCUCAGCAGCAGUACCACCCCUCAGGAUCCGACCAUUAGCUCACUUCUGCAAUGGGAUGGGACGACAGUACAGGGUCUCAUGCCUCUAUUGGAUGGAUUCAAGCAAGCUCCAGACGCCGAGAUCGUCAAGUUCUUCAAACCAGUUCUGACAGCGCUUGAUAAGAUAUUUGAUGUCUUCUACCGCGUAGUUGAUGACACUGGAACAGGAGUCAGCCUUGGAGAAAAUUUCACCGAGCGAGCUUUGUCGUGUCUAGUUCACAUGCUCCACCUCACGCGCGAUCGCCGCUUCAGUAGCACGAAGAAUUUGUUUGACGAAUACAUCCAGGAGCGUCAUCACUCGCACGAUGCUUCCAAGGGCGUAUGCAAGGCUUUACGUGCCUUCAUUAGCAGACCUUACGAGGUCGAAGAUGCACGAGAGCUCCGCAGUACCCUGAAGGUCUCUGGUCAAGUCAUAAAAUUUAUUACCAAUCGCGGCGAAUCCGGAUCUCCACGUAGCACUGCGUCGUUAAGCAAUGCUGUCUCUUCCGUGCUGGUGGCACUAGUAAACUUGAUGCGCAACCCAAGAGAGGAUCUCUAUGGAACACAGACGAUCUUGAUGCAACAUUUCUCCUCAUGGCUUCCUGAACUUGCUCACAUCAUGGCUACUGAUGAUAUCCUGGAUGUCGUAGAUGGUAUGAUGAACGCGUCAGCCGGCAAGAAGGGUGGUCUGCGCAUUCAUAGACUGAUCAUGGUCAAGGAGUUAUCUGGCCAGCAGACUUUCUUUUCUCCUGAUGCGCUGCCCAAACUCCAUGCCUUGACGAUAGGAUGGCUCGAAGACUACUGGCCAGAUGCAUCCAACUUGACCGAGCAANAGAUAGAAGGCGUCAGAAUGUGUUGUUCGAUCCUACGCACUCAGCAAGCACAAAUUUCCGACCCUACACAGUCUUUGCAUUACAUCUGGAGACUUGUAGAGGCAUAUCAUAUCAUUAACGAAUAUCUGAAAGGUGGCGGUGACGGGAGAGCGUCCUCACUGUCGUUCAACAGGUCAAGAAAAUCUCUCUCAUAUCUUNUUCCGGAUCAUUAUCCCUUCCUUAGCAUGUCUGUGGAUACGUCGAAUGUACCGUCUGAGGUUCUGAUGGAAACCGCCGCCAUACUAGACUCUUUCUUCCAGAAGGGAUCACCACAAGGUCAGCUUUUCAUGAGUGGAACUCCUUCCGAUUCAAAAACGAUGCAGCAAGAUUUCCUGGUCAAGGCUUUCAAAGUGCUCAAGUCCAUUCAUAGUGGAGAAGCAUUCCCUACGCAAUGGCUUAGUUUGCAUGUUACUCAUGCAAAGGUCACAAUCUCUGCUCUCCGGUGGUUGCUGGAGAUGCUAUCCACAAAUUUUGUGCCCUCUGAAGAUGACAGCGGUGUCAACGAUGUUAUGGAAUUCAAUCCUGAUCUGUGGGAACUCUGGUUCCAGAUAUUGAUCGAUCUUGCCCUCGGCAAAAUGGUAUCUAUGGAAACCUUCACCGAGCAAACAAGACGAGCAAUCUGGACUAUUGGUGGUGACAUUCGUGCAGACGCUGCUGACUUGCUACAGAAAGGCUGGGCUUGCUUAGGCUGGCAGGCUCCGCCAGAGUAUCUUCAAGUGCUGUAUCCAAUGGACCGAGUCGGUGGGUACCAAGUGGGAUUGUCCACCGAGGUAAUUCCAUCUGUCGUCAGACUCUGUAUGGGGCUUCACGAUCAGUUGCAAUCAGUCGGUCUUGACAUCCUGCGAUCUAUCAUCGUCAGUGAAUGGCAACUGAACGAGAAUCUGGCUGUGGUUCAAGCAGCCAUCAUCAAUGCUUUUGACGCCAUGCACCGCGAAGAUGGCGCAAUGCAAAGCCCUUUCGCGUCUGCCUUCCUGGAAAGACUUGGAAAGCACUUUGUAGUCAUCAAGAACACUGAGCUGAACACGCUUUAUGAAGCCUUGAUGAGUGUUAUCGCAGAAGUGGGCCGAUUGUUCAACGUAUUGGCUGAUCUCGGCGAUGUCAGAGAUCCAGCUUCGCGUAUGGUUCAGUUACUUCGACUCAUGGAAUUCUUGCGAUUGAGUGGUCAGGAGGAAGCAUACGUGUGUCGUAUUCACGAGCUUGUCGAACUUCAUGUCCAAGCCAGGAACUACUCCAGCGCAGCAUGCACCUUGAACCUCCACGUCGAAGUAUUGAAUGAGAGUCAGCCUUCCAGAGUCCUCGCCCCAGCAAAGGUACCUGGCCUCGAAACCCCUGCCGAGUUGGUGCAAUCACGAAAAGACCGUCUAUACCGGACGAUGGCUACGUACUACGAAAGAGGCUACUGUUGGGAGAACGUUCUCAAGACUCUCAAACAGCUUGCCGCAGGGCGCGAAGCUACUUGGGACGCUGCUGGUAUUGCGCAAGUUCGCUUUGACGAGGCACGCAUCUACAAUACUCUGGCUGCCGGACCGGUACCCCUGCCCCGUUUCUUCCACGUUGCCUUCAACGAUCACGAAGUCUUCCCAGACUCUGUACGUGGCCAAAACUUCAUCUUCGAAGGAGCUGCAAAUUGUGAUAGGAAGACCUUCUCAGUGUUGCUACAAGCGCAGUACCCCUACGUGGCGAAUCUCGGAUCAGACUACACGCAUCCAACAUGGUUGUCACACGACCCUGCUGUCAAGAUCAGUCCUGUCACUGUAUACAAAAAUCAGUUGCAUCCCAUCAACCAGCAAGGCGGCGUCGCACCAGGUUUCAGAGAACAUUGUCUGACUGCUCAACCUAUGGCAUUCGCAAUGACAAACCGUCAUGACAAUCCAUCUGUCAGCGUAGUCGAUCAAGUUGUGGAAAAGACGGUAUUCUACACUCAAACUGCGUUCCCUACAGUAUUGUCCUACAGCGCCAUUACACGAGAGGAGAGGGUAGUCUUGACUCCAGUGCAAGCAGCCAUCGAUCGUACCCAACGAAAGACGCUGAACGUAGCAGUUGCAACUCACUCUGCUGCCAGCAAAGGAGAAUCACAGGUUGAAACACUGAUCGAGACUAUCCAGUCGAGUGUGGACAGAAGCACCAGUGGUAGCGUGGCCGAGUAUCACAGAUUGCUCGAAUCGAUUCAAUCUCGUCCGGGAACAGGCAGUACCGCCAACAACACCAUGGCCGAAGUUCAGAGUGUCUACUACGACACCUUUGGCGAACCGAAAACUAAAGAAUCACAACUCCGAGAUAUCCUGAUUGUCUCCCUCGAGGACCAUGCGCGCAGCAUUGAACUCGCGAUGUCUUCCCCCUUGAUUCCUACACACAUCAAGGAGAUGCUCCGAGCAAGUUUCGAAGACAGUUUCCUGUUAGAGUUGCAUGCGCUAUACCCUUCGAGAGAUUGGCAGUCGAGAUCUGCGGCAUGGCAGUACACGGAAGUGCCGCAGGGACCUGCGUCGAUGAGAGAAAGAGCACCGAGUGAUGUCUUGACUGUCGACACACAGCACACUGAGCAGACGAUACACAAACCUAGAGGUCGACGUGCCUCUAUCAAGAAGAGAUUGAGCUUCUUGAGUUUGGGAAGCAAGGAUAAGAGCGGCGAUGGUGGGACGAGGAGCCAUAGCAGAGCGAGUAGUCGGACAAGGUUUUAA